AUGGACGAUUCGCCGGGGAAAAUCGCCUGCGGCAAAUUCACGCUGCUAGUAGGCUUGGUCAAGAUCGGCCAGGAGUACGUUGGAGACGCCGAAAGCGAGGAUGGAAUCGCCGCCAUCAAGGACCGCAUCAUGCACAAAGUGCUGAACAUAAACAACUAUAUCAAGUCGCUAUGUGACUUCUAUGACCGUGAGAAGGCUUCAGCUCAAGCCGGCCGCCAGAAUGCGGAGGAUGUCAGCAAAACUGCCCAGCAUACGGCCAUGAACCUCGAAAAGUUUGUCUCCAGGAACGAGUUCUUCGUCUACUCGGUAUCGGUCACGCUGAACCCGCGGGUUCGCACCCCGGCGGACCUCCACAGGGACAGCGGCGAGGGCGAUGGCGUAUGCACGAUCACAGUCAAGCUGCCACGGGAUAAGCAGCGCCAGGCGUUCUACAUCCGGCUCAUGCUCAAGCUUAUAUCGAAACACUCCCUAAUGCUCAAGUUGACCCCAGAAAGGGCAACGCAGGCUGCACGGCAGGCCAAAAAGGAAACUGACGAGCCCGAAGCGUCGCCGCAGCAGAAGAGCACGGAGGCGACCGCUGGGUACUUCGAUGACGAUGACAAGGGCGGUGCGCAGGGCGCACAGGACUGCCGAUACGUCAGGGCAGGCAUGAACUCCUUCAGCUCGUAUUCAUUCUUCAACCAGAGCUCGAUGAUACUUAGCAAGUAUGUCAACAGCAACGUCGUAUUGCGCGAGGACGACCAGGUGAUGGCAGAGCGGCUCCUACGGGAGAAGCAAAAGAAGCGGCGAGAGCUGCAGCUGAACAGAGGAAGCACGUAG